AGUGCAACUCCCAACUUCCAUGCCCGCCUCGUCCAGCUCGAUUCACACUCACACAGUCACACUACUGAAAAGCUAGCCCCUUUUCCAGCCCAUUCAGCUAGAGACAGACAGCACGAGGAACAGAAGCGCGGCUCGAAGCAGAGUGCAGAGCAGAGCAAAGCAGCAGCGGCGGCCAAUGGCGUGUUCGUUCCUCUCCUUCAUGGGCGUCUUCUUGGCGGCGUCCGCGUGCCUCGCUGCGCCCGCCACGGUCGAGCAGCUUCUGCCCCGGGCCGCGACGGCGCUCUCCUUCGGGGAGGGCUACACGCAGCUGUUCGGAGACUCCAACCUCGUGCUCCACGGCGACGGGAAGAGGGUGCACAUCUCCCUCGACGAGAGAACAGGCGCCGGGUUCGCCUCGCAGGACGCGUACCUCCACGGGUUCUUCAGCGCCCGCAUCAAGCUGCCCUCCGACCACACCGCCGGUGUCGUCGUCGCCUUCUACAUGUCGAACGGGGACGUGUACGAGCGGACACACGACGAACUGGACUUCGAGUUCCUGGGGAACGUGCGGGGCAGGGAGUGGAGGGUGCAGACCAACGUGUACGGCAAUGGCAGCACGGCGGCCGGCCGGGAGGAGCGCUACGACCUCUGGUUCAACCCCACGGAAGACUUCCACCAGUACGCCAUCCUCUGGAGCCGUGACAGGAUCAUAUUCUACGUCGACGAGACCCCGAUCAGGGAGGUGGUGCGGAGCGAGUCCAUGGGCGCGCAGUUCCCGUCCAAGCCCAUGUCGCUGUACGCCACCAUCUGGGACGGCUCCAGCUGGGCCACCUCGGGGGGUCGCUACAAGGUGGACUACAAGUACGCGCCCUACGUCGCCGAGUUCACCGACCUCGCGCUCCGAGGCUGCGCCGUCGGCCCAGCCUCGGCGCGCGGGGCGCCGGACAGCAGCACCGACGACGCCCACGGCCACGCUUACGAGAUGUCGCCCGCGCAGCGGUCGGCGAUGGAAGCGUUCCGGGCGAGGUACAUGACGUACGGGUACUGCUACGACCGCCUCCGGUACCCGGCCCCGCUGCCGGAGUGCAGCGUCGGCGCGGAGGCCGCGGCUUUCCUCCCGUCCGGCGACGCGAGGGCGUCGUUGCGCAGGCACGGCAAGCGCCACCGGCCCCGCGGCGGCGCGGGCUCCGCCCUCUGACCGGCGCCGCCGGUGUGCUCGAGCGGUGCCGUAUGCAACUGUGACGUGAUGUAUGGUUAGCUUGUGGAUUUCUGGCGUGCGCCGCCGUUGUAGGGCAACAGUAACCGGAGUUCCACUGAUUAUCCCUUCUACUAUAGUCUCAGCAGUUUGUUCUUCGCUCA